UGACAGAGAAUAAAGAAUAACUAACUGAUGGAUAAUCAGAGGUUUUUUCAGAACCGCCCCUUCCGUUCGCAAGAAUCUUCAAAGGACAAGAUAGAUGUACAUGCUACCUCUUGUUAUUAUAUACUCAAAGAUUUGAGUAUUUUCAUAAUUAAUUCGAUCGAGUAUUUCUGUGAACUGAAUACUUCCAUAAUCGAAUGUCUAUGUCAUCGGUACUACGAAAGUCAAGAUUCAAGGCUAUAUUUUUUAUUGAUGCAGAUGCAUUUAUGUUUGUUCUUAUAUUAGUGCCAUUACAUUACAGUCGUUACUGGUUCCAUAGAAGAAUACAUCGUCACUCAUCAGCAAAAUAAUACUUCUGAAUAUAGAACAAUAAAAUGACUACAUUUGACGGUACUAAUUUGAGUUAUGCAUUGCCCAGUUUUCUAACUGAAAAAGUACUUUGUGCUAGCUGCAAAUAUUUUUUGUCAGUUCCACCCAUUUAUAGCUCAAAUAAUGGUGAUUCAAUAUGUGGUAGAUGCAUUGAUUUGAAAAACCCACAAGGUAUCAGAAAUAACCUUUUUGAAAUACUCCUUGAAGUUAUAUCGUUCCCUUGUAUGAAUAAGCAAUAUGGUUGUUUAGAGAGUCGAACUGGGAAAACUAUGUGGAGUCAUGAAAUCAGCUGUUUUCAUAGAAGAGUGAACUGUCCAGUUGCAAUAUCAGAAACUUGUGAUUGGAUAGGUGAUAUAGAAACUAUUUUAGAGCACUUUGAAGAAUAUCAUGUCACAUAUUUAAUGAAUGAACCUUCAUUCGAAGUAAAUUUUGUAAAUAAUUUCGAAGAUAUCAGCUUAUUGACUUAUUCUGAUAGUUUAUUCCUAGUAAGAAGACGUGGUGACAUAAAAGAAAAAAAAUUUUGGUGCUCUGUUCAAGCAAUUCAAAGGAAUGAAUCUGAAAAAUUCCAAUAUACCUUGAAAUUGAAAAAUCCAAUAUCAGGUAAAACAAUAAAAUUUGAAACAAAAGAAGUGAUUACUUUAAAUGACCAAGACGGUUUUGAAAUAGAUUCAGUGGAAGUUCAAGUUCAAUUGGAGAAACCUGUAAUGAUCAUUGCAGAUAUAGAAAUAGUAGAGCUUCAAGAUAAAUCUAAUGCAGCCAAGGCAAAGUCUGAUGUUUUAAGCAAUGCAGAUAUGGAAAUGUUGAAGGCAAUUGAGUGUCCUGUUUGUUUUGAAUAUAUGGUGCCACCUAUUUUUCAAUGUGAAAUUGGUCAUAGUAUUUGUGGACAAUGUAAGAGUAAAGUAAAACAAUGUCCAACAUGCACAAAACCUUUUGGUGCUGCUCAGAAUUUUGCUGUUGAAAAUAUGACUUCUUAUAUAAAAUAUCCUUGUAAAAAUUCUGAAAAGGGCUGCGAGUUUAUUUCUACUGCCAAAAAUAUUAAACAACAUGAACAUUCAUGUCAGUAUAGUGCGUUCCUUUGUCCGACUUCAGAUUAUACUUCCUGUUCAUGGUCUGGUUUGAAGCAUCAUAUUUGGGAACAUUGUCGGCAAAAACAUAGAGAUCACAUUAUAGAAUGCCAUUCUGUCAGUAUACCUUUUGAUCCAAACGAGGAAAAUGAAGAAGAGGAUUGUUUUAUCAUAAAUUAUAUGAGAAACAUUUUUGUAUUACAUUGGAAAUUUGUUAAUCAAACUUUCUUUUGGUCAGUACAAUUAGUCGGACCAAUAGAAGAUAGUAAUAAUUAUUAUUUUGAUUUGGAUAUAAUUGAUCGAAGUGGUAAAAAUUUGAGAAUUUUCAUGAGAGGUUUUUGUGAAGCCCUUACUGAUAAAUAUUUAGCAUUCACAGAAAAUAGAUCUUUUAUAUUUUUAACUUUAGAUCAAGUGAAGCCCUUGAUAAAUGAAGUAUUAUCAUUCAAACCAUCAGUUUUUAAGAAUACUUCAAAUGAAAAAUAAUUUUGUUUAUUCAAAAAAAAAGUUUUUUAUGUUAAAUUUUUUUUUAUCUUUUUAAGAGUUGGCAUUUUUUCAAACCGAAUAUGUGUAUUCAGUUGCUCAAAAUAAUUGAAAAUAAAAAUAUUUCGAUACUA